UUCCUCUCUACCUCAUCUCGAGCUACCAUGGCACGUCGAAACGGUAUAGCCGCUCAGAAGCCCAGAAGGCAGUCCGUGAAGCUGCCACACCAAGGUCAUUUAUCCGCUCCCCUCUCUCCACCGACUAGCAAAGGGAAACACCCUCAAGGCAUCAGGAAGAGACAAAAGCAAAACCCUCUUCGACGGAGCGCCCGUUUGGACCGCUUGAUUGAGGUUAACGAGACUCAACCAAAAGCCAGCCAACAGCCUCUACCAUCUCCAGUCAGCGACUUUAAAGGUCCUAAUCGUGCGCACCCACCUCCUACCCUUCUACCAUCGAAACCUCUGAAGCGGAAACGAGCAACUGAACAGCAACUAAACCCGCCCUCUCCAAAACGACCGCGAACAUCUGGUCCUAGCCCCUCUGUUCGGGACGUGGAUUCUGUUACAUAUUGGACGCAGACAUACCGCUGGCCGCCAGGAUACUUCAACGAAAGUGGGGAAAUGAAUCAUUUAUUGGCGAGAAAGAAAUCCACCGCCUCACUUCGCCGAAAGCGAUCGGAUAGCGAGUCUGGCGCACCCAGUUCAGCCACACCGAGUGACCAGAAGCCUAGGGACGAGAAGAGUGCCCCUUACCAAAAUGCACGUUAUGAGACCGUGCUUGCCACGAAGGACAGUUUCAUGGGCAAAUAUGGGCAAGGUACUACAAACGAGAGCAAGCGACUAUGCCAGCAGCUCCUUGACGCACAACCAACAGUACCGCAAGAUACGAUGUUUUCUGACGAGUACUUCGAAGAGACUUGUGAAGCAAUCAGAAACAAGAAUGAGGCUAGAGUGAUUCGAGAUAUCUCACUUUUGAUUGUUGCAUCGGCGGAAGUCCUUGCCAUACGCGGAAAUCAGCAUUGUCGUCUGUUGAUUGAAAGCGUAAACGAAGGCUGGAACAACUCCAUCCCAUUAACGAAACCUCGCCCGCAACCUGACUACUCCGUGGGUUUCCGACGAGAAGCAUUCACCGAGACCCAACUUCAGAAACUUCAGCCGUUUGUGGGCGAUCUCACCGACAACUCCUUCUUCAUGGGCACAUGGUACAUGUACUUCCCCUUCUUCUCGAGCGAAGUGAAGUGCGGUGCGGCCGCACUCGACGUGGCAGAUCGACAGAACGCGCACAGCAUGACUCUCGCGGUUCGAGGAGUCGUGGAACUGUUCCGGCUCGUAAAGCGCGAGCAAGAGCUUCAUCGGGAGACCCUCGCCUUUUCCAUCUCGCACGACCACCGAUCAGUGAGGAUCUAUGGCCAUUAUCCUGUGAUCGAGGGCAAAAAGACCACGUUCUACCGUCAUCCCAUUCAUACCUUCGACUUUACCGCACUUGAUGGGAAAGAGAAAUGGACGGCGUACAAGUUUACCAAAAGUGUUUAUAAUACCUGGAUGCCUGCUCACUUCAAAAGGCUUUGCUCAGCAAUCGAUGCGAUACCACCCGAUAUACACUUUGAACUCUCGGAAGAAUCCGAUCUGCAAUUCCCCUCAUCAUCUGGACUUUCACAAGGUCUGGAAAGCCAUCACCUCUCGGACUCAGGAGCUACAGGUGACGAUGAGCUGAGGCUCCUCGAUCCCCAGGGAGUCACACCAGAAACUUCUGUUUCCCAAAUAUCAGAACAGGCGACGUUCAAGAAACCGAAGAAAUGAAACUUGGUACUCAAUGUAAGUGGAGAAUUCUGACGAUAAGGGGCCUGGAGAGGCAAAAUCAUUUCGAUCAUGUUUUCUUUACAACCUACUUUAUCAUACUAUCCGCGAACAAGUUUGGCCUCACUCGGAGAGAGGAUGUUGUAAGAAUAGUGGAAAUGUAGUCAGCACAAGGAGCCAGUAAAACUCUCUUCCUCUCUCCGGAAGGGGAGCCUUCACUUCGAAAUAGGACUUUGAAAUCUAGGAGGCUUGGACCGGCGAGGAUAUGGAUAACCAUAGUCUAAAAGGAGCCCUAGAUGGGGUCGUGAACACGUCGCAGAAGAUAUAGACAGGACCUGAAAUCCACAUGCAAGACAGGAUGCAUUUUUUCUUAUCUAGUUGGCGUCAAUUUGAAAGGAUGGGUGACCAAAGGAGCAGUCUCCCGCAGGCAACCAACGGAUAAGCCAACUGGUUGGUCAGAGGGUCACGUAGUAUUCCUCG